AUGAUCCACCAACAGAAAUACGUGAAAGAACUCCUUAAAAAGUAUGAAAUGGAAACUGCCAAAGUGAAUCACACACCUAUGGGAACAGCCACAAGAUUAGACGAAGAUCCCAAAGGAACAAGUGUGAAUCAAACAAGAUACAGAGGAAUGAUUGGAUCCCUGCUCUACCUAACUGCAAGUAGACCUGACAUCUCAUUCAGUGUAGGCUUAUGCGCAAGGUUCCAUUCAAACCCAAAGGAGUCUCACUUGACUACUGUAAAGAGGAUUCUCAGAUACCUCAAAGGAACAGACGAUUUAUGUUUGUUCUAUCCAAGAAGUGGAACAUUCGACUUAAGAGGAUAUGCUGAUGUUGAUUAUGCUGGUGAUCUGGUAAAUCGUAAAAGCACAUCAGAAAAUCAAAUUGCAGAUAUCUUGACUAAACCCUUAAGCAGAGAGAAGCACGAGAAAAUGAGACUGGAACUGGGAAUGAUCAAGCUAAGAUAA